GAGAGGAAUUCUCACCGCAUUUCCCUCUAAAACAUGUAUAAUAAGAUCGAUUUUUAUGUUUUUUUUUUGUUCAACAACUAAUGGUGGAGUAAAGUUAAUUUAGAGUUUUUAUUUUCAUUAGAAGUUGAAAAUCUUUAUUAUUUUAUUAUAUUUAUUGUGUAAAUAUAAUAGGGUUUGUAAUAAAAUAGUGUCGAAGAUCAUGUCGAAAGCUAAAGUGUCGGCAGAAUGGAAAAAACGCGUGAAAUCAGAAUACAUGAGAUUGAGACAGAUGAAAAGGUAUAAAAGGGCAGAUGAAGUCAAAAUCGCAUGGAAUCAGAACAGAAAAACUAUGACUGAUCUUCUUGUUACGGAACAAAAGAGAUGGGCUGAUGGAAAAGCUGUGUGGCUAGCUAUGGCCGGCAUUCCCUCUCAUUUAUCUUGUAUGAAAACAGCUGAAGUCACAAGCCUUGAUGGCGAUUUUGAUAUGUGUGCUGUAAAAAUAAUUAACGCAGUUACUCCGAUUCCUACCAUGUAUACUUGGGCUCCAAUACAACAGAAUUUUAUGGUUGAAGAUGAAACUGUAUUACAUAAUAUUCCGUAUAUGGGGGAUGAAAUUCUUGAUCAAGAUGGAACAUUUAUCGAAGAACUUAUUAAAAAUUAUGAUGGCAAGGUACAUGGGGAUAGAGAAUCAGGAUUUAUGGAUGAUUCAAUAUUCGUGGAUUUAGUAAAUGCUUUACUGAACUAUGAAAAGGAUGACAGAGAAAGGGAAGCAGUAAAAAAACCUAAAGACAAAGAAGACCGAGAUAAAAAAGAUGGAGACUUACGCAAUGACUGUAAAACUGAGAAAAAUGACGAAUUGAAAGAUAAAAGAAAUGUGCGAUUUCCAUCAAUGCAUAUAUUUAAUGCCAUAUCGAGUAUGUUUCCUGAUAAAGGUAGACCAGAAGAAAUGAAAGAAAAAUAUAUUGAAUUAACUGAACGUUCAGAUCCUAAUGUAUUACCACCAGAAUGUACUCCUAACAUCGAUGGUAUCAAUGCUAAAAGUGUUCCUAGAGAACAAACCAUGCAUUCGUUUCACACAUUGUUCUGCCGUAGAUGUUUUAAAUACGACUGUUUUCUUCAUCCAACUAGAGGAAUACCACCGCAAGGUCUUCAAGUUUGUCAUCCAGGACCGAAUUUGCAAAAACGAAAAGGGCCAGAUCUCAAACCAUUUUCAGAACCUUGUGGAGACGAAUGCUUUAUGCAUCUGGAAGGGAUGAAAGAAAAAUUAGCCGCUCAAGCUGCAGACAAAGAAGAAGAAAGUGAUGAUAAACGACCCCGUAAAGUACGGAAACAAGCUAGCGUUGAUUCAGGAAAUGAAGCGAGUAGCGAAGAUAGUAAUGAUAGUAACAAAUACAGCCAAGGAGGUAGUUGUCAAGAUUUCAAACAAAAUGUAAAUCAAGAUUCUAAACCGGAAGCAGCUGAAGAACAAGCACAACCUGAUCAUCAAUCGCCGUUUACGUUACUUGAACUCGAUAAAAAAGCAAAGUCAGAAACCAAACUCAUAUGGACAGGUUCUGAGCAAAGUUUAUUUCGUGCUCUGUACAAAGCAUUUCCAGGAAAUCCAUGUGCGUUAGCUCAAAUCAUGUUAACAAAAACAUGUCAGGAAGUAUACGAGUUUGCACAAAAAGAAUCUCAUGAUAUUCCGGAAAUUGAAAGCUUGAAAGACUAUACCCCACCACGUAAGAAGAAGAAGAAGCAUCGACUUUGGUCAAUGCAUUGUAGAAAAAUACAACUCAAAAAGGAUUCCGGUGCAAAUCAUGUACAUAACUUUGCUCCUUGUGAUCAUCCCGGACGACAAUGCGAUAAUUCUUGUCCCUGUAUUCAGGCUCAGAAUUUCUGUGAAAAAUUCUGUCAGUGUAGUACUGAAUGUCAAAACAGAUUUCCCGGGUGUCGAUGCAAAGCUCAGUGUAAUACUAAACAAUGCCCUUGUUAUUUGGCUGUUCGUGAAUGCGACCCCGAUCUAUGUCAGACUUGUGGUGCUGAUCAAUUCCAUAUUACUAGAAUUUCUUGCAAAAACGUCAGUGUUCAGCGAGGGCUUCAUAAACAUCUUCUCAUGGCUCCGUCUGAUGUAGCUGGCUGGGGAAUUUUCCUAAAGGAAUCAGCGAUGAAGAAUGAAUUUAUAUCAGAAUAUUGUGGUGAAAUAAUCAGCCAGGAUGAAGCUGAUAGAAGAGGAAAAGUUUAUGAUAAAUACAUGUGUAGCUUUCUUUUCAAUCUCAAUAAUGAUUUUGUUGUUGAUGCAACACGGAAAGGCAACAAAAUAAGAUUUGCUAACCAUUCUAUCAAUCCUAACUGUUAUGCAAAAGUCAUGAUGGUGAAUGGUGAUCAUAGAAUUGGAAUUUUUGCGAAAAGAGCUAUUCAGCCUGGAGAAGAAUUAUUUUUCGAUUACAGAUAUGGACCAACCGAGCAGCUAAAAUUCGUCGGAAUUGAAAGAGAAAUGGAAUUUCUCUAAUGAGAAAAUCUUGCUCAAAUUAUGUUGAGUAAUGUACAUAAUUAUUAAAUCAAUAAUUUAUUGAUAAAAAGUUGUCAAAGAAGUUUAUUAGUCGAUCUAAGAACUUUAUAAUCUCAGCUAUAUUAUAGCUGCUAUAAUAUUUAACAAUAAGACCUAGUUGUAAAUUAAUGUUAGAGAUAAUCGUAUUUUAUUAAUCAAUUAAAAUGACCUAUUAAAGCUCUAAGCUUCACUUUAUAAUUUGUAAUUACCUAUUACAUACUAACCAAUUAUUUAAAUUAAUAUCAUUAU